UGCCUCAGGUAGCAGUACUACUUCGCAUCGCCAGGAGAUCCAUAGUGCCCUUCUGGAGAAGGGGUUUACCUUCACCUGGGAGGCUAUCAGGUAAGAGCAGAUAUCCUUGGUCACCUUUUCCAAAAUCCAAACAACCACCCAUCAUCUUUCCCCUCCACAACACCACUCAAAAGAUCAACCACCCAUCUGCCGGCAAUACUUCCCUUCUUCAUCGUUUUCACCUACUGCUGCCCUCAUUUGGACAUUAUCAACUCCCUCCCUUGCUUUCAUCAUGCCAAAGUGGGAUGAACAGGCCUCGGCCGACCUUUUGACUGCCCUCUAUGCUGGGGUGCAGGCCCAUUUGACCAGAGAAGUCCAAGGGGAAAUUGUGAACUUUAUGAAAGCCAAGGGUUAUGCUGAUGUCCAUUGGGACUCGAUUCGGUGCGGAGUUUUUCCUUUCCUUUACUUUCACCUUCCUUUCUCUUCUCCAUUGGGGGCCUUAGUUGGCUGUACAAUCCCCUUGUCGUCCUUCCUUUUCCUCCUUCCUCCGUCUGGCUCUCACAAACCACCUCGUGCAAAGGCUAUUCUGCCACAACCAACACAGCCUGCUGAGGACACCAUUAUCUUCCUCCUUUGUUUUCUACGCUAUCACAUCAUGACCAAGUUUGGCGAGGUCAAAGGUGAUCUCUUUGAGGUCCUCUACCUCGUGACCCAACCCGCUGUUACGGUUGAGCAGAGGGAAGAGAUCGUGGCUCUCAUGCAGGAACGUGGCCACGAUAUGGGCUGGAAUGCCAUCCGGUAAGCUUGCGAGCUGAUUCACCCGUACCAAGCCACCUUUUCUGCUCCCUGAGGCCGGUCCU